UUUGUCCAAGUUGCUUAUUUUUUAACAUGCUUUGCUGUGGCACAGUGUACUACAGUAAUAGGUCAAAAAGACACUGUUAAUCAUUUAGAAGAGUUCAAAAUAUGCGAUACGGAGAUAAAUGGGCACCAACAGAAUCAUCAUGCUUGUGUGUG